AUGUAUCGAAGCCUCGGAGUGCUACCAAGCCCGCCCUCUGAUGGUCUUCCCGACCUUGAGCUCAAUCUUGCGACUCCCUUGUCGUCUGUGCCUGGCCAGGACAACUCAGCAAUCAACAAGGCUGCCAUUUUGCGUGGGGACGAUGCACUGAAUAAUGGUAACUUUACUCUCGAGAGCCUCAACCUAUCACCAGAUGUGGCAGUCUACGGACUUACGGACAAGCCGCUAAACGCACAGGGCUACAUCAAUUGGCUUCAAGGCAUGAAGACCGCGUUUCCCAAUCUUCGGCUCGAGAAUGAUCCGUAUUUCCGACCAGUCAUUGGCCAAGGGGAUUGGACUGCUACGGUAGCUUUUCUCAGUGGUACUCACCAGGGUAAUCUUUCUCUUCCUUUGUACAUAUCGGACGCGCCUGUCAAACCCACCGGGGAGAACUUCAGUCUACUUCACUUCACGAUUGCUCGGUGGAAAGAGGGAAAGAUUGUUGGUAUGCGAGUGAAUUUGGACCUCUUUGGGAUUCUGGCGUCACUCAAUAUUACGUUGUAG